UGUGAAUUGUAGUCAGCAUAGUUUCAAUUGCACAUAUAUAUAAUUCACAUUAAUCCAGUUGAACAGUAACACUUAUAAGGUUUUAAAUACAUAUGAUUAUCACAUAUUAUACGAAAAAUGUAUAAUAAAAUAUUCAAAUCGUUUGUCUUGCCUACGUUUAUGACUGCAAUGUUGUGACAAAAUGUUCUUUGCAAUAAACAUGGGUCACGUUAUCAAUAACAUGAAAUUCCAUUAUAGCAAAAUGCUAUCAUUCGGAAUAUCAGCAAAUUACUGACUAGGUAUUGAUCACAAAAUCUGUACUGAGACUAGAUUGAGAAUGCUGAAAGCUUUGCUUUGCUAUACUACAUCAACCUAUAUUUUGUGUGAGUUGUAACAAACUACAUUUCCCAUGCAUGCACAAAAUAUCGUACAUGAAAGGCGCACCGCACUGUUACACUGCUGACUUCCGCAAUCACAUCUUAUCAGUUUAAGUAUUUCGGAUGGCAUGAGCGCUACACUGUCUUCUCUCAUAACGGGACAGAGCGUUUUUGUCGCUUCAAUUUUCUCCGAUCCAAAUAAUAUUGGGUCGAGAUUAGGAGGGUUUGGUUCUAGAGCGCUUUUCCAUACGCGUGUUUGCAUUCUGUUCAAACGACUCGGUUGUGAGAGGCAAUGAAGAGAUUUACAGUGCCGCAAAAGGUGAUUUUGCUACUUCUGAAGCCCACACACGUUGACGUACAGCUGACAUACUUUCAGGGUCCGUAUGAUAACCAUAGCGCUUUGCAAUAUCUUCACAGCAGUUCCAUUUUCAACUCCGAAAUGACUUGCAGUGCUAUCACAACUGGACAAAGCAUUUGUUGUCAGAAGGUCAGGUAUUAUAGCUGAAUGCUCAGACGAGGUUGCCUUAAUGUCCACUGACACACGAUCUCCUACAUGUGAUUUGUACUACUCCUGUACCACUAUGUACAACAAGGGCUCACACAGAACGUUUUAAUGGAGUUACCUGUGUCAGUGGACAUGUUGGGUACUUGGCUUUUAUCCGUCCGACCUACAAUUCAUCGCGCAUCUCAAACCGUAUUUGACUUAGAGUAAUCAAAUAAUCAUUGAAUUGUUUUUCAGCAUGUAGUUUUGCACAUGGGACAUGUGUGUACUACGAACACACACAUCUAGUUCAGUUUGUGUAAGUUAGAUACUUUUACAAGUGUGUUACUGGCUGGUAUCAUCAUGCGCGGGGGAAUCUCAUGGAACAAAAUUUGCGUUGCAAACGGGCUUCAGACAGGCGGGUUUCCGAGGCGAGUUUGCUAUUCAAAUUACGUUCUCUGAGAUUCUCGUAAGCAUGAUGAUACACUCCAUGUGUUGUCUGAUUGAUUUAUCGUAUUAUUAAAUAGAGUAAAUUGAAUACAUCUUAUUUAUUUAUUUAGAAUAUCUGAAAAUAUUUUCCUUUUAUUGAGCCUCCCUUAAAAACGUGUCAUAUUGAUUUGCCUUAACAUAACCUGGAAAGUAGGAAAAUCGAAUUGGAUUCUUAUCUUAUUUCAUUUGGAUUAUACGUGUGAAAGUCAGUCAAUCACCGCCGAGUUCACAUCUAACCUGACCAGGAUCUAGAGCGUUGCACCGCCGGGUUCUUGGAUGUGCGUUGCCGGAACGUAGAAUGUCGCUGGACAAUAAAGUUUACAGCUUUUGAUUUUGUCGAUUCAUAAGACCGCUUGGUUUCGGUAAUGUAGAGAUGGAUUUCAAAGACGAUGGUCACAGAAUAAUUUCCUGUCGUGGUGUAUUCAUUCUUCUGAUAUUAUUUUUCACAUCCGCGGCUUGUUCAGGUGUUGUAUGUCCACGCAAUACUUAUCUUGCCGGAGAUACGUGUUACAUAUAUAACACUGACAAGUCACACUCAUGGAGUACAGCUAAUAAUUUAUGCCAAGCUGGAGGUCACAAAUUGCUGAAGAUUCACAGUUGGAAUCAGUUUACUACACUUCGACACUGGAUAAAAAUCACAGGAUAUGCCUUUUGGGUUGGUGCGAAUGAUUUUCAUGCCGGAUCUUUCCGUUGGUUGGAUGGCAGCAGCUAUUUCAGACCUUACUGGGUACCCGGGGAGCCAAACAAUCGUAACGAUGAACAUUGCGUUGAAUUCUGGAAGACAGACCAUGGAGUCGGUUUGAAUAAUGAAAACUGCAGAAGAAACUUGGGGUAUUUGUGCGAAGUGACAGAAUGCACGAGAAUAUCAAACUGCAAACAUCGGCAUUGUACCUCAGCAGCCAAUACUGUAUGUGAUGAAUGCAAUGAUGACAACGUUUUCUAUAAGAGGACUCAUUCUAAUACACGGUGUGAAAGAAUGUGUUCAUUCGAUACACACAAGUGUUGGCCUGGAGAGUGUUCUAAUAAACUGACGUCAACCUGUGUAUGUGCAUCAGAUUUUCAUCUUGUAAAAUCAUCUUCUGAAACAUCUUGCCAAUUGCAAACAAAACCAUCAAUUAACAAUUGUCAAACAACUGUUUUUGGUUCAAAUGGAGAAAAGAAACGAACAAAUGCAGGAAAAUGUCAUGAGCUGAAAGACAUUUUUGGAAACUUCAACCUCACUUCUUUGACUUUUUCUAUGAUGUCAGACUUGACUAUUGACAUGAGCAAACUUACAAAGCCUCACUUUAUAUCGGAAAGCAAUUUUGGAAUAACAGACACGAGAAUCGUUAUAAAACAUAUAGCGUUAUCAGGAGCUGAGACAUACAUAAGCAUUCAUAACCAAACAACUGACAUUAACAGCAGUAUGAAUGUCAAUUCAACCGUGUUUAAUGACGGAAACAUACUUCUCGGGCAAGCAAAAUAUACACUUACUGACGGAGAAAGGUUAUGUUUUCAGUACGAAGCAUAUGGAGGUGGUUAUGUUAAAGCUUUCGAUUUUGAGCGAACUUCCAUAAUGAAUCCGUUUUCGUAUAAAAAGACAAAAUCAUAUGAAAGGGUUUGCUACAAGUAUGAUGCCGCAAGACCUAAGCAUUGCCUCAUAUCAAGUUCUUGUCCAAUGAAUGCAAAAAUUUCAGAGCCACUCCACAUUAAAAAUCGAAUAAUACGAUCUCCAAUAAUACCGCUUGAGUUCAAAGGUUGGUAUGACCCUUUACCUGCUGGGGGUAGACAGGAGCAUGCAUCGGGUAUUGAAUCAUUUGAAAUAAGAGUGAACGAAGUUUCAAACGGCAUAGUAGGCACAAAGAAACUUUUCAGUAAACAACUGAAAGCGACUGAGACUUCACUGACACUUAACCUGUCAUCAGAAACCCCAAAACUGUAUUGCAUAACAUUAGAGGUGAAAGACGAAGCCGAUAAUGUGCAGCAAGCGAGGCGAUUUGUUCUUUACGAUAAUACCACGUUUAUUACAACACGAAAUGACAAAAAAUUCACUGUUACGUCAGCUUCCGUGCAAACAAAUUACACAUGGCAGACUCACCAUCACGACAUCUGUCUAAACUGGAAGGAUCAUUUCUAUAACAAGUUUUACAUGGAAAAUAAUUUCUUUAAACCUAUCAGUUCCGACCCUAAUAAACUUAUCAAAGGUCUCUACGAACAAGAAAAUGGACAAUUGCCUGUAUCAGGAACACAUAAUUUGUUUGGUAUAACAUCAUUCAAUUUUUCUUGGAGUCUUAAUGGUAAGUCGUUUUCUCCCGAAAUCGUGGUUCCAGAUUUCUUGAACCAGACAUAUUGCCACAGGUUAUCAAUGUCUGACGGUCAAACGUACACUGUUAAUAUCAAAGCAAUAGAUAUUUUGAACAACACUUUCCUCGAAAAUAGAACAGUACAUAUUGAUAGGACUGUUCCACAUAUAAAUAAUAUUGGACUGGAAAAGAGGGACGAGAAACGACUAUUCGUACAUGACGAUACGGAUUUGUCUCAAAUGAGACUUAUAUUUGAUGCACUGGAUCCACACAGCGGACUUCUCAACAUACAGUGGAAAUUUGGAACGUCUGAUGCAGGACAUGAGUUAGGUUCCGGCGCCAUUGGUAUCCAUACUAUAAAUCAUGAUCAUUGUCCGAAGGAAGUCAGCAAAUGUUAUUGUCCAGAUAUUGGAAAUUGUGAGCGUUACAAUUACAGCAUUUCAUUAAACAGUUUGGUAAAAAACAAUACAAAUAAAGGGAACCACAACCGUAACUAUUACUUCACUAUCAAAGUAACUAACAAAGCCAUGUUGUCUAAUAUUGAACACGUUGAUAUCUUGGUUGAUAAUUCGCCGCCUGAAGUUGGAGUCAUCUACGAAGGGGCUGUUGGAACAUCUGACAUUGAUUACACGAGUGACAAUAGUUUCAUCGUUCGUUGGCACGGAUUCAUAGAUCAUGAAAGCGGAAUUAAAGAAUACUAUCUAGGAUUGUCAGACUCAUGCAAAUCUAAAGAGCAACUCUUUACAGAUCAUGAAACGUCCAACAUUACCGAGUUCAUCAAAGUUCCGCAUACGGAGUCAUCUGUCAGGUUAAAUGCAAACUUUACAGGAAAAAUGUAUGUAAGUAUUAUUGCUAUCAACAAUGCACAUGAAGCAUCUGAUGUGGUUUGUUCUGAUGGUAUUACAAGAGAUAACACACCACCUAAUCUUAAAAAUGUGAGAAUAGAGCACGGUAGAUGGUCCGAGUCUUUAUAUUGUCUUAAUGGACAAGCCUGGCUUUUCCGUUCUGACUUGCAGAAGAACAAAUUGGCAAACAUAACAGGGUGUUCACUACAGUGCCAUGCGAAUACUCAUGGAAGCGGAAUCUUUGAAGUGCUUCCUACCAUAGAAAUUUCUACCGAUGAUAAAGAUAUCGGAGAAUUUAGGUGUAAAAAUCUCCCAUUGUAUAACCAUGGCAACAUUAUUUAUCUUCCUAACAAUCAUAUUUACCUCUCUUGGGAGAUUGAGGAACCCAGCAGUCAAGUUGAAGAAUAUUAUGUUGGUUUUGGGCUUACUUCUAGUAAUGCGUCAGUCCCAUCAUUUAUGGAUUAUAUAACAACCAACGGAAAACAAUAUUUCGAAAUGAGACACAUAGGUGCUAGUGCUGGGGAGCUACUUUAUACAUACAUCAAAACAGUAAAUAAAGCCAAGUUGGAAAAGGUCACAAAGAUCGGCCCAAUACUAAUAGAUGAAACGCCUCCGUACUUUGAUAGAAAGCCAACAGUGCACAUCGACAAGAACAUGGUAACAACUGGAUGGGACAGAACCACUGUCUAUGAUCUUGAGCAAGCUACUGCUAUCAAUCAAGUAUUCUUCCAAAUAGUUCAUGACAAUGAUGUUGUUUCGCCUUUCCUUGAAUGGAGGUUGGAAGAUUCAAAGCCAUGUUUGAACUUCACUGGCGGUUGUAUGAAAUAUCCCCUGAAAAGAUUACAAAGAAUAGAUACCGAUGUCGGGUUAAAUUUUGCCGUCAGAGUAUAUGCAUAUAACAAUGCCGGCCACUUUGCAAUAGAAGAGACAGAUGCAUUCAAAAUUCCCUCGAGGUAUCCACCAGGCCAUGCCGUUGUAAAAGAUAUUGAUCCCGAAAGCAAUUCAAGUAGUGUAUUGAGAGACGUGGAUGUUCACUUUACUGCUAGCAAACUCUGUGUUCAGUGGUACGGUUUCAGACAUCAUGAAAAUGUUAACCUAGAGAUUGGGAUUGGUGCCAACAAUAAUACUGCAGAUAUUAUACCAUUUCAAUUCACAAAUGCUUCAAACACACUAUGUGUAAAAUCAAAAUCGCUUCAAUAUAACACUAAAUAUUUUGUUCUGUUGCGUGCGACUUGCACAGGUGGCAAAACUAUCUCAAGCUCUGAUGGUAUCAUUAUUGUAAACGCAACUGAAUUUCUAAACAGUUUCGAUAUACAUGUCGGUGGAUAUGCAGGUGAAAUACGAUGGAAACAACAGGGAGCUCAAAAUACAUCACAAAAAAGGUUUUGCGCACCAAAAAGUGUAAAAUUAGGAGACAAAUAUAAAUUAUUUUUUGAAGGUCUAAAUAGAAAAUUAACUAUAAUUAAGAAUGCAGACAUGGUUAUAGAUGAAAUAAAAUACAAUAACUUAAGUAUGAAGAUGACAGUAAAUAUGGUACCACUUACCGAACGCCCUUGCUUGAUUGUUGAUUUUAACGCAAGCAGUAAUGCUACCCUGGUCGUGUACACAAGAAAUGAUAACGACAAUAAGUUCAUUUCAGAUGUCAAUACAUUUUUUGUUACUUGGGCAUUUGAAAGAUACAAGGAAAUGUUAAGUCAUUUAAUGUUUGAAGUAGCAGUCGGUAAAAAGUUCUAUCAGAUGAACACUACGAACAACAACUUAGUUACAGCUUUCACAAAAUCAGAUAGUGAUGCAUCUCACACUUUUCAUUUUCCCUUAUUACCACAAGAACACGAAUAUAUUGUGAUUAUUAGACCAUGCACUAAUGUUAGAUGUAUAGAUCAUGUUUAUUCAAAUACAUUCGAGAUAGAAUCCUCGGUACACUCUGGAAAAUUUCAGACAUUUCAAAUUGAACUAAAUAAUGAGAAAACUUGUGUAGAUGUAACCUUGGAAUGGAAAAUGUUUAAAGCCAAGAGUUCCGUGACAAUUUACCAAUGGUCAGUCAGCAAAGACCAUGGAGCCAAUAUUGUUUUGACAAGGUGGAGAACGGUUUUGGGUGAUGGAAGGGUGCUAUAUAAUGUCACAGAAUGUAUACACCUCCCAGUUCUCGGACAUUCUACACUAUACCUCUGUGUGAGAGCGUAUUCUAGAGCCGGUAACGUAGUUACAAUCUGUGAAAGAGCCUCCGUAGUAGAGAAAAGUGAAUUCAAUAAAGAUACUAUAUAUGACAUAGAUGCAUCAGUAACUUCGUGGAAUGUUAUACAACAGAUGAUUCAUAGUUCAAAUAUAGGAAGUAAGUAUUCAGUUUUGCAUGAUGCCGAAAUGGACUUUGGAACUACUAAUACAUCUGUAGUUGGAACUCUGAUGUAUGCAACAGAGAGAAACGUUACCUGGUAUCUGAUGAAAAACAAACAUUUACCUGUUUUAGAACAGUGUGAUAAAGACUCGGAGUGUGUUUUCUCAACAACUACGGGAAAUGGUUAUGUUUUAUUUGACAAAAGUUUAAUAAAGCAGAACGUUUUCUAUUACACAUGCGCUUUCUCGAAUGCCAGUUCUGUCUCGCGUGAAUUGUUUACCGAAAUAUUGUCUGAGAUUCGCACUUGCAGCAACGGUUUCAUAAUUGAUAAUACCCCGCCAUUUGGUGGACAGCUUAAUGUCAAAAAUACUGGGGGAUUUAUUAUCAGACCUUGGAAAAUGGACAUUUCUUGGAAUGGGUUUGAUGACAACGUAAACACAGAAAAGCUGGGAUAUUCCGAGAGAAUAAAGUUUUAUUCUUAUGCAGUCGGAACUCGGCCUGGUAGUGAGGACAUAAAGAUAUACACAGUUGUCGGGAAUGCACAUCGGGCAGUUGUAAGAAAUUUAGAUAUCAAAGAUGGAACUGGUGUUUAUGUUGCUGUUAAAGCGACUGACCACGCUGGACUUUCAACGGAAAUAUAUUCAAAUGAAUUGACAAUAGACUCUACACCGCCAAGGUCUGGCACAGUUGGUAUAAACGGAAACAAGGGAACCUCCAUCUACAUCAGUUCAUCAACGUACGAACUUACUCUUAGUGGUUUUAAUGAUGACCAAAGUGGCAUUGAAUAUUUUGAACUCGCCACCGGGUCGGAUGAAGAUUUAGAAGAUGUUCAACCUAAAAUGAAAUAUUUCAGUGAUCAUAUUGAGCUGGAGUUGCUAGACAAUAUGCAAGACGGGCAUCAAUAUUACAUUUCAGUCAAGGCAGUGAAUAGAGCGGGAUUAUCGUCAAUGCCAGCCACUGUAUCAUUUAUACCGGAUCGGUCUGCUCCCACCGGCGGUCAUGUUCUAGACGGGGACUGGAGGACUAAAAAAGACCUGGAUUUUCAAAAGAACCUUGGAUAUAUACAAGGACAUUGGAAGGGUUUUACAGAUUCACACAGUGGUGUCAAGUAUUAUCGAGCUGGACUUGGUACAAAACCAUACCAAGAUGACAUUGAAGUAUUUGUAGAUGUUGGUCUUCAAACAGAUAUCACAUGGAACGGCACUUACGAAGUUGGUACGAAGUAUUACAUUACAGUAGAAGCAUGUAACAGAGCUGGUACAUGUCGCUCAUUAUCAUCCGACGGGGUAGUGCUUGACAACUCUCCACCAGUACACGGCAUUGUUAAGGUGGGAUCAAGCGUACAUCAUCACAAGUACUUGCCAACUGGAGAUUCGGUUCAUAUUAGUUGGUAUGGAUUUGAAGACCCACAGUCGGGAAUAGAUCAUUACGAAUAUUGUUUGGGAACUAAACCUUUGUUGUGUAACGUAUUGUCAUUUUCGUCCGGCUUACUUCAGUCUGGCAUAAUUAAAACUGGAUUAAACCUUACGAAUGAACACAAAUAUUAUGCAACAGUAAUAGCAUUCAAUAAAGCUGGAUUGGAUGUAAAGACAGCCUCUGAUGCUUUUUGUAUCGAUGACACUCCACCUGUGUUAGUCCAAAAACCAACAUUUCUACUCGAUUACAAUGCCGUAUCGGGACUGUCAACACAAUGGGACAGGUCGGUGUUACGGGUGUCAUGGAAGUUCGUUGACGGGGAAAGUAAAGUUGCCUCUCACAAAAUCACAUUAAAAACACAUCACGAAGGGCACACACCAGUCGAACAAAUACAUAUUGGAAAUGUUGAGAAAUUAACAAUCAGUCUUGAUGAGAAAAACUGGCUUCACAACGGCGAUAAAUACUUUGUUGUCGUUACCAGUUGUAAUACUGCUGGUCUUUGUUCCGCAAGUAAGUCCGACAGCCUUCUUAUAGAUGCUUCACCUCCACACCAGGGUGGAUUUAAGCCGCCGAUGACAUGGCACAACUUAAUUGAUGCAUCACAUCAAACCAGAUCUGAAAUAAUGGUGACAUGGUACGGCUUUGUUGACGCAGAAUCGCCCAUAAAUAAGUACUACUUUACAGUAAGUAGAAAUUACAGCGGGCAAGAAUUGUCUGGAGGUGUUCUUUCCAGAGUUGCCGACUUAAAUGAAAUGGAACAAAAUACAACGAUUACGCUAAACGAAGCACUGGUACCAGAUGAGCUUUUGAUUUUAACCAUUUGGGCCAAAAAUUCCGCUGGAUUGAACAGUACCGUUUCUAGAGUAACGGUCAAUGUACUGCUCUCAGAGAAGAAAUUGUCAUUAAAUUCGUCUGGAAUAUUAGAACUUCAGAAACAUUCUUGUGACAUUCAUUACUGUAAUAAAGACUGCACUUGUGCAGUUUUCGGUAGUCCAUGUGUUGAAGUUCAAACGAAAGAAAACUGUACGACUCUCAACGAGGUUGAUGUGCUAACAAUGAAAUUACCAGAAAUAGAUGUCUAUGGUGGUCUCUAUAGUAACCCUCAAAACAUAACUGCAUCAUCUGCUUGCCUUUCUGGGUAUUGGGUACCACGUGGAGAUGAUCGCGUUAUUCAAAGAUAUGAAUGGAGCAUGGGCAUUAAGAAUCAGCCAGUCGGUGAAGGAAUUUUUGACUUGAAGUCAGAGAGACCGUGGAAAGAUGUAGGGAAAAGAAUGGAAACUGUUUACUGUUUAUCACAUAUUCCUGGUCUACAACAUGACAUUGAAUAUCAAGUAUAUGUCAGAGCUUGGUAUGCAUGGAAUAUGUUUGCAGAAUUUGUGUCUCCCCCAAUACAAGUAGAUCAAACUGCCCCACAUCACGUUAAAGGAAAGCAUAUUAAGGAUUCGGAUGCAAAAUGCUUACAGGACUACGAUGUAAUUGACUGGAUGGACACGAUAUCUGCCUGUUGGGACAAAGUGUUUACAGAACUACAGGGGGAAAUAAUUCAUUACAUUAUUUCUCUUGGAACCUCGAUAAAUGGGAGUGAUGUCUACGAAACAACAAACGUUGGGUUAGUCACAAGUAUUACACUAACAAACCUAAGUCUUUCUCACGGAACUCGGUACUACUUCACUAUCACAGCUUAUAAUAAUGUUGGGCUACACACGACACUAAGCUCAGAUGGUUUUGUCAUAGACAUGGAUAGACCGAUUACAGGUGUAGUUUUCAAUACAGAUAAACACUUAGAUACUGCUUACCAGUCAUCAGCAACCACCUUUGGAAUAUCCUGGCACGGAUUUCUCGAUCAACAAUCUGGUAUAAAGUCUUAUUUAGUAGCAGUUGUGGAAAAAUCUGUCGCAGAUUUCGAAAAUAUCUCUUUUUUAGAUGUAGGGCUUAAAACUAUGUAUGAGUUUCGCAACAUUACAUUUAAACAAGCACAGUCUUAUAAAGGCCUAGUGAAAGCGAUAGACUUUGCUGGGCACACCAGUGAUGUUGUCAGUUCCAAUCCAAAGAUUAUUGAUGUUACAGCACCUAAAUCGUUUGACUGUGUAAAAUAUCAGACAGAAAUUCUGAAUACAACUGAAUUAUUUCUACCUGGCACAAUAUCGUUUUUUAAACGAAAUAUCACCAGAAAUGACUACUACGAAAUAAGAGGAUAUAUGUCGGGCGUGUCAAUUUCCGUUAUGCCGACAUUAGUUAUUGACAGAUAUCAAAUGCAUUUACCUGUAGCCAUUAAUAGCAAUAGCUCAAUCGAAUUUCAGUAUAAUUUCUUAUCCACCGUAUCGGGCUCUAAAUUGUUUAAUAUUUCUACUGCGGACCCUUCGUUGGCUGAAAACAACUUUUCAAUGAACGUUGAAUUCAAAAAAUGCAUAACAGAUAAAAGAAAUGCAGGUAAAGGUGUUGAUGUAAGACAAAUAGGAUCAUCGAGACUAGCUAUAAACAUCAAAGUAAAAGAUGAAGAGAGCUCACUCUAUAAGGUAAUGGUAGGUGUAGGAACAACUCAAGGCGGAUUUCAGGCUAGUCCACUCACAGUUCUAAACAGCGCUUCCGGUGACGUUAUUGACGUGGACGUACAACAUGGAGCUCAGAUUUUUGUCACUGUUUUGGCAGAAAACCACGCAGGUCUGAGAUCAGUCUUCAAAUCAAAUCCAAUUACUAUUGACAAAACUCCACCGGGGAUUUCUAGAAUAGAAGGAAAGCUUAUAGACAAUCAUUCUGAGAUGAAUCAAACCGUGAGGACCUUUAAUCUUUUGGCAAAAUGGGAUGUUGCUGAUCAGCAGAGCGGUUUAAAAUAUUGUCUUUGUGGUAUAGGAAAAGUGAAGGGCGAGGUAGACAUUGAAAGAUACAGGUUAUCGGACACAAACGAAACGUGUGUAUUUCGACAACUUGAAUUACAACAUGGGGAUACUGUCUUUGUCAGUGUGAAAUGUAUUAACAAUAUUGAAUUAGCUGCUGAGAACGUUUCUGAAAAAAUAACUGUAUAUAACGAUGCACCGGAAAAUACAAAUGCAUAUAUUCGCUUCAUUUCGCAUGAUUCAAGCACCGCCGGGGCUUCCUUUCAAUCCCCAAACGAAUCAGAUGUUUCUGACAUUGCAAAGUUCAUCCAAACAGACCGUUCCCAUGUCGUGUUAGAAUGGACAGGAUUUGAAGACCUGACUGGCAUUGAUUUCUACGAAUACCGUCUCGUGUGCCGAAAUAGUUCGAUCGUUAAUUGGAGGAGCAACGGUAAACAUACAGCGGCCGAAUUAAAAGGCCUUGACCUACAGUCUGGCGGUCUUUACACUGCUGAAGUAAGGGCAGUAAACUCUGGUCAUCUUGUUAGUGAGCCAGUAGUUGCAGAUAUGAUUGUCCACAACCAUGAACCAAAAUUAACAGGCAAACCAAUAUCUGUUACCGGUACAAACCAACGUUUGUUGCUCGACUGGAGUGAUGUUUUUCGUUUAUCAGAUGGUAUCUCCGUUACAUACGAUGUAAUGAUUGGUUCAAAACUGGGAUUCUCAGACAUUCUUGAACUGAAGAGUAUCGAGGUGAACCAGUAUGACGUCACUGUACCGAAGACAACAAUUAUCACACCCAACGUCCAAGAAUUAUUCAUUUCUAUUUCUUGUACAUAUUCGACAGGCCUGUUCACGCAGUACAAGUUCAGUUAUAAGCUUUAAAGAUUUACCUGAAUAUAUUCUCGACCUGUCAGUUCAUUAACAUUGUGGCUAAUGUAUAGUUAUCAUUUGUUACCAGAACGGUAAUUAUAUGUUAUUGUAUGUACACAAAUCUUUACUUCAUUCUGUCUAUCCGUCCAGGUAUUUCGUUCUUCCGUCCAUGUCUUAAUAUAGCUUUAAAGUAUUGUAUAAAUUUGCUUUGUAAUCGGAAUUGCUUAGCAUGUAUAUUUCAUUAGAUUUGCUCCGUAAUUAGGAUUGUAUACCAUAUGUAUUGUAUAAGAUUUGCUUUGUAAUCGGAAUUUGAUAUCAUGCAUAUCGUAUUAGAUUUGCUUUAUUAUCAGACUUGGAUAUUCUGCAUAAUGUAUAUGAUUUUCUUUGUAAUCAGAACUGGAUAUCAUAUGUAUCCAGAAUGCAAUUUUAACAAAUUCUAUGUUUUAGAAUCCAGUGAUGCUGUAAUAAUUUCAAUUUUAAUAUUAUUAUGGAAACAAUGUGAUCUAUAAAUACUGUAAAAUCUGGUAAAUAAGCGUAUACGCUUAUAAUAAUUUUAGUGACACAUUUAUGCGCCUAUAUUUUAUAUGCGUUUAUACUUAAGCCAAAACUAUGCGCUUAUAUUUGAUAUGCGCUUAUAGAAAAGCCGUGUGCGCCUAUUUUUGAUACAAGUAUUAGGAAUAUUGACAGUGUUUGCCUUGGUUGAGAAAACGAAAGUAAAACAUGACCAUGGACGUGCGCAGUGAACUAUUUCCUUUUACUGCAUAGGCUUACAGUAAUUAUACAUAAUAUAAGCAUAAUGGACUACAUAAUUUGGAAAUAAUGUUCAAUCUUUCGGACCAUUUAAUAAUUGUUCAACACUAAGAUUGUAGCAAUUUUAGCAAUAUCCUUUUCACAGAUUUAGAAAAUAAUGACAAUCUGUUAUGACAACGCAAACAACAUUUCUGCUAUUCAAACUUUUACUUCCAUUUACUGAAAACAUUUUCUAUUCAAAAAGCAUGAUUAUCGUUAACAAUUAUCGUUUUAUCAGACAACAGAUGUUAAAAUCGGCUUUUCAACAGAUAAGAACACUUGUCACCUGUAUUUGUGAUAAACAAUUAUCACGGUAUAAUACCGUUAAUUACAUCUUUUUGCUGCAUCUGUUGUUUGUUUACCAGUAAUCGGAUAUGCGCCUACUUUCGAGGCAAAAUUAUGGUAACGGCAUGACAUGUGCUUAUUAUCACAUACGGAAUAACAGUAAGGCCGUAUGCGCUUACUUUUGAUAUGCGCUUAUAUUCGAAAAUGCGCUUAUUUACCAGUUUCUACAGUAGUAUGGUCAAUACUAUAUGUGUAUGAUGUGUUUGUUUUAUACUUAAAUAUAAAUUUAUGAACGCUAUUAUAACGUAUAGUAUGUAAUAUUCGAACAAUACCUCCUCAGUUUAAGGACAGAUUUUUGAAGUAAGGUAUUUCUAACAAAUAUGUUAUUAAAACAUUGUCAACAAAAUUUAUUAUGCUGCGAUACAUUGUUACGCCCUAAUAAGUUUAUAAAAGCUCAAAGUACACUAAAACUCAUAUCUUCAUAAACAUGCUACUCUGCAUAAACAUGCUCCUCUUCAUAAACAUGCUACUCUUCAUCAUAAACAUGCUACUCUUCAUAAACAUGCUACUCUUCAUCAUAAACAUGCUACUUUCAUCAUAAACAUGCUACUCUUAAACAUGCUACUCAUAAACAUGCUACUCUUAAACAUGCUACUCUUAAAAAUUGGUUUGUAGACAAACAAAAUAUGGCCAAUUCUUAUUAUACCAAUAAGGAACUACGUUGGUACACUAUUUGUUUGAAAGUGGCCGAUAUUGUACCUGUUAUCUAUAUAUCCUAUUGCAUGUUUGUAUGUUUGCUUAUCUAAUAAUAAAUAGAUAAUAUUAA